GAGAGAGAGAUCUCAGCUUAUUUGUGAAGCAACGCUGCUGGCGAAGUUACCGUAACGUUCGCUACACGAAAAUGGACUCGUCCAUUUUGGAGUGUGUGUGCUGUGGAUGUGUGUAGCGUCACGGACAAGACUUUCUUGAAUGAAUGAGCCAUCUCACCCCUUGCGCUGUGUGUGCGCAAUGCGGAUGCGUCGUUUUCUUUGUACACAAUACACAUUGCGUUUAUACGACGUUCGAUUAGGUACUCGCUGCCACAAUACGGACCACGCAACGUCGACUGUAUCUGCAAGCUGAGGAAUUUCGAAAAAGUGGAAAGCUUGCGUGGUGACAAGGAGAGAGUACAUUUCCUGUUGAUAUCACCUAACUGGCGCUAUGACCGCAAGGUCAUGAUCUCUCACGGUGUUGACGCAGUCAGCCAAUAACAUUUGAACAGUCUGUCGAUGACUGAUCACGUUUCAUCACACCGUGCAAGUAUCGAGCGGACUAUAUAAAAUAUCCCCUGCACAGUGAGCUCACCAUAAAAGCUGUGUCGGAGAAGAGUAACGCUGUGUUACUCAGGAAGCCUAACUUGAGACAUCUUGCCAUCGUUCAAAAUUGUGUUCCGCACUGACAAAAUGGAACUUGUUUCCAACGCAUCUCCGUUCGGGGGUGUACUCACAUCAUCUAAUACGUCUGGGAAUGCAUCUGGAGGCAUGGGCCUACUGGUUGAAUCAGAGUACGCAGGCCGAUUCACUUACGGAGAACGGAUCGUCCUGGCGGUCGCUAUGAGCAUCAUCGCCGUGGUAGGCAGCGUGGGCAACGGCCUAGUCAUCCUCUCCGUCGCGCUGAGUCGCAAACUCCGGACUGCCACCAACGUGUACGUGGUCAGCCUUAGCACUACGGACUUGCUCACCUGCCUGUGCUUACCGUGGCAUGUCUUGGGAGCAGUAAGCAUAGACGGCUGGCCCAUCGGUAUGUGGAUCUGCUCGGCUUUUGGAGGCUUGACCAUCAUUUUCGUCGGGUCCAGCAUCAUCACCCUUGCCUUCAUCGCUGUGAACAGACUCUUCCUAAUCACUCAGCCGAGCACCAGAUACCGAACCCUCUACACCCGUAAGAUGCUCUUGGUGACCACGCUCGUGGCCUGGCUGCUACCGUUCGUGACGGUUACUCUCCCCCCUCUACUCGGAGUCGGUAAACUCGGCUAUGAUGAGAAGUACCUGCGAUGCGGCCCUGUGCAGACAUCGGGCGGCCCCCUAUCCAACCCUUACGACAUGAUAGUCUCUGCGGUCCUGUACCCAAUCCCCAUGCUCGUCAUCGUAGUAAGCUACGUUAAGAUCUUCCUAUACAUCAAGCAUCACACGAAAACUAUCUUGACACCAAACAUUGCACCGAGUGACCACUCCUCUUCCUCCUACCCCAAGAGCCCCACCGCCAACAACAACGGCACCCCGCACCCAGGGACACUCUCUCCUGUCAAUUCAACCCGUAGACGUCUCAGCAGACGACAGGUCGAGAUCACUAAGAACCUCUUCUACGUAGUCUGUGCCUUCGUCCUCUGCUUGACACCAUACAGCGUGGGUCUUAUGAUACCAGCAGCCGAUCACUUCACUCCGUACGCCGGUGUGAUUCUCCUCCUAAACAGCUGCGUCAACCCGGUCAUCUACGCAGCCAAACACCCGUACUUCAGGACCGUAUUUGUCUGCAUCGUCACCCUCAAGUUCUCCAAAAUACCCGAGCCUUCGAGUUUUCUUCGAUACGCACUUUCUCGUGAUGACUUUUCGAAAUGAAAGGAAUUGUACUGUAGACAAGACGAAAGCUGUUAUUAGCUGUGAAACACAUGUAGGCGUUGAAGUUUGAACCACCGUCUUAAAUUUGAUUCCGUCACGCCAAUAUUGAAGAAGAGGCCGUGUUACAAUAAUGUAGUAACCAACGGAUAACGUAUCACCAACCGAUAGGCCUAAUGUCACAAAAAUUUACCGAUACUGUAUCACUUACCGAUAAUGUAACAAACAGUUGACUGAUAUAGUGUACAGUAGUAAAAUGAACGCUACAUGAUAUCAGUCAAUCGUUGUAACAUUAUUAUAGUCCCAACCGAUAAUGCAACACAAAUUUACCGAUAAAGAGUGUAGUAAAAGUAACUACACUAUCAGUUAAUUUUGUGUGACCUUAUUGGUUGGUGAUACGUUAUCCAUCGGCGACUACAUCAGUUGUAACAUGCCGCUUUACUUCCAAACUUCUGAGCCCUAACGGAACGCCAAAAAUACUGCGCUUGUACAAAGUGCCUUAACUGUAGCUUUGCCUUAUUGCAAUACCAAUGAUGAUUUAAACCUUGAAAUACCAAAGGGACCAUCCAUAAUUAUGCCAAAUUGUACAAAAUGUUUUCGUGUUAAAAGUAAGUUUUUCGAUUUUCUUAAUGCUUUGUAGAUUUUUUCUACAUUUCGGUUGAAUAUGAAUUUGUGUCAUUGUUAUGUGCCUCUGUCAAUGGAUGAUUGAUCGCCAGAUCAUCGCCCGAACCCAUUAUAAUUGGACCAAGAAUAAAGGUUUUGAAAUUGUAUUAUUAUGAUCGAUAAAAUAAUUUUAGAAGUCAAACCCUGUACAUACAAAGCUCUCGUUUUUACACCUUGUCUUUUUGAAAAUGUGAUAUGCUACUGUUACGAUUUUGCCUAUACAUGUAAUGUGCUAUAUGCUCGAGCUGUUAUCAUUAUUAACUUGAACAUCAGAAGUCUUAGGUGUAAGGAGGGAAGGAAAUCAGGUCCAAGUAUCGUGAGAGGAACAUGAACAUUCUUGAUUGGCAUAAGUUGACAGACAGAUAAGUCAAUCUUUUUCAAAUCUAGACAAUCUAGAAGAGUACUGAAUGUAUUGCUUAUGAUGCGCUGGGGCGCAUGCGCCCUAUCCGUAAUUGUAUACAGUAGUAUAAAAACUAAACUUAAAGCAACUUGUUUUGUUUAUAACCCAUGUAGGCUACCUCUUUAAUAGAAAACCAUGAGUUCUAGACAAGCCAAAGCCGUAAGAAAUAAGACUCUGAAACUUAUUAAUACAAUGUACAUGUAAGAAAUGAAAGUAGAUUUACUGUACGUAAAAGUCGGAAGCUAUUGGGAUACACCUUUAAACGAGAGACAGUACUAUCGCUAGGGUAAUCUGUAACGACUGCGGUUUUAGCGUAUUAAAACGUGGACAAUAAUAGUUGUGUGAUUAAAAUUAUUUUGGUCUGUUUAAGCAACAAUAAACCAUGAGGAUGUUCUUUGUUCAAAUUA